AUGCGUCCAACUUCUUCUUCUUCCUCCGCAGCAACCCAUUGGACAUUAACAUUAGACCGCCGGUUCGCACCCGUCGGAGCUGCUGCUGUUUCAAGAAACCCUAAUCCUACUCCUCUUUCUUCUUCGUCAUCUCCUCCUCCACCGGUGGUGAUAAAUUGUUUACCACGCGGAUUAACAACCGCGGCAAUGGGAGGACCCGCAUCCUCUAACGCGUUGUCAUCCGCGUGGCAUUACGGGAAUGGGAGGAACAAGAACAAUAGUGGUGUGGAUGUGAGGAGGAAACAGCGGAUCGCGUCCUACAAAGCUUACGCGGUGGAGAGCAAACUCAAGAAUUCGGUUCGCUCCGGAUUCCGAUGGAUGAAGAACAAGUAUACUUACAUCGUCCAUGGUUAUUGA